AUGGCAAAUUCUCCAGCCAAUGGCAUUGUUUCACCCGGCCGUGUGCAGCUCUUUCUAGCUUCCCCUCAAGGGCAGUGCAUCACCGUCCGGGAUGUGGACCUCUGCACCGAUGAUGUUUCACGACUCCGACAAGCCUGGGGGGCCAACAUCUACCCAGGAGCGGACGGCGGUUGCGUCUCCUCCGACCCACCAUGGCUUUCAUCGCAAAGGACCAUCGCGAAUAAGAGACGCUCAUCUACAGAUUUUGACAAGCAUGUAGGGGAGGACGGUGGAGGUGAUACUAUUAUCGACGCCGAUAUUCGCCUGGUCUUUGCGGGCAAGGAUCUACAGAGGGGACGGCCUCUACUGGGAUACGGUCUCCAGGCUGACAGCACCGUACACGUUCUCGGUAGACUCAGGGGAGGGGCUCAACUCGGAAAGGUGGUCAAGGGCCGAAGCCAGGUGAAAAAGAAAGGCGCCGAGAAACCCAAGGAAUACGCAGAGCUGCAGGCCAAGUACGCAAAGAUGCAGGAGAUGGAUAUGGCCAGGCAGCAGGCCAUCGCUGCGAAGGCAGAGCUGCGACGCCGCAUCGACCAGGAGGAGAAGAACAGCAAAAUGAACCGGCUCAAGAUCCAGAACCAGUGGAGAAAAAUCAUGCGCCUGGCGAAGGUGGAAAGUCUUCGCAAGGACAUCGAGAUCCUCUCGCAGAACCACGAGCGAGACGUGGACCGAAAGGAUGCCAUCAUUCAGAUGCUUGACCGAGACCUCGAGGAGGCCGAGGAUCAGUUCCAGACGGCUCUUCGGGCGCACCUCCAGAACAUGGAUCAGCUCAUUGAUUUGCAAGACUCCAGGCUGCUAGCGCUCGAGCAGGAAUUUGAGGUGGAGCUCAAGACGCUACAAAAGGAGUUUGCAGAAGAGCGAAAGCAUGUAGUCAAGCAGCACGCGGCGGAGGUGCAAGAGCUGAGCGACAUCAUCGCCGCCGUAGAGGCACAAGAGGAAGAACGAGAGGCCGACGCAAAGCAGGAGCACGAGCAGCAGCGUGAAGAGAUCCGAAAUAAGAACUUGGAGGAGAUAAACGUCCUUCGCAUCACGCUAGACACUCAAAUCGAAGACCUAGAGCAGCACUUCGAGACGGCGCACAUCAACUACCUGCAGAACACGGAUCAACGAACGACGGACUUCAAGUACCUCACUUCCAAAGAUCAGGAACUAAGCCGGGAAAUCGAAGUCAAGAUACGCAAGAUUGAGCGCCUGCAGAGCAGUCUCCAACACUGGCGAACAAAGAUCGCGCAAAAUGUGAAAGAGAACGCGGAGCGGAACAGCUUUUUGAUGGAGGAGAGGAACGCAAUUCAGGGACACUUUCAACACCUGAAGGGGAGGAUGAACAAGUUCAGAGCCGCGCAAGCCAAGCGCCUGGGGGAGCUUACUCAGAAUGCCAACGCUGUGCAGAACAAAUUGCAGGAACAACUAAAAAUGGCGAAUCAGAUCCUAACCCUAGCGGAGCUUGCGAGGAAGGCCGAGACCGAGCAAGAGAAGGUACUGCCGUUCUACGUUAGUGCCAACACUGAUGAAGUGGAAGAAGAGGCAGAGAGAAUCUUGAAGGCGGAGCGGGAUCUAAUUGGUGGCAAGAAGAAGCCCAAAGGGGUAGGGGAGGAGGAAGCUGUAGUCCCAAGUCCUCUGCAGUCGUCGGCCUGGGGGAAGAACGGCCAGCCGGUGCCAAGAUGGAACCACCUAGAUAACUUUCACAAGCGCUACAACAAGGCGUUGCUCGACAAGCUGGCGGUGGAACGCGAGCAGAACCGCCUUGAGGCCGAGAACAGGGAUCUGCAAAGCAUCGUGAAGCAGUAUCUGGAUGGGAUUAGCGUGCCGGAAGACGUGGUUUCUGCUCCUAACCCUCUGCUCGUGGUGAACGGCAGGGUCAACAUGGCCGCGCCGGAUGUAGGGGCCGUGGGGGGCGGGGAAACUCGCCAGAUUGCGGCCAUUGAGGCGAACCACAUGGUUUCCACCGGAAGGGUCAAUACUCGCGUCGGCCUGUAA